AUGUUUCCAGAGCCGGAGCCGAGUACUUGGCAGCAACAGCGCCGCAGUCGCAAAAGGCAGAUCCCACAUGCCGAUGGCAACUUCGCUACUUUUGUCCGACGCCUCGACGCAGCUCGCGCCUCUCUCCGUCAGCUCUGCCAAGUGGCCGAGCAUCUCCGAGCACGCGACGAAAAUGCCCACCAGGGCUCUCGUCCCUGCAUCGGCGUUCAAGACGCUUCAGACUCGCAGCCUCCGCUGACAGGAAGGCAGUGUGGAGCGACAACGGCCACAGGAGGGAACAGCAUAAACGAGGAGGCGCAGCACACGUCACUUGGCCGAUCUGGACAGGAGUCGAUGAACGUUCAAGGACAGGCGCCUAACGAUGUAUUGACAGAUUCAUUGCCGGUGUCGUCUCUGGGCACUCAAGGAAAGAAGCGAAGGAUCCAAGGGCAGUGGCAAGCGCAUACCACACAUGACGUCGCGGAUGCCGCCGAUUUGCACAUAAGCCUCAGCCGGACGAUCAUGCUCCAGUUCCACCUAAUUGAGCCUUUCCUCGCUCAGAUUGCCUCGAAGCUGAAGCAAGUCAAAUGUUUCACAAUUGAACUCCAGGAUCGAUUGGACAUCUUCAGCAAUCUGGACCAAUCUUGUUUUUUCGCUGCCUUUCCGGUAUCGCCGAUCUGCGCGAGAAACCUGGAUAUUCGCCCCGCCCUCCACAGAGUGUCUCAAAUUGCAACUUACCGACAGCGGGAAGUUGCUCAGAAUUCCCCCGGCUCGGGCCAAGGUGAUCAGAGAGCUGAUGUCGAAGGCGAUCAGCAUUGCUGGCCGCAGGUAGAAGACGCUUUGCAGCAGUUAGAGGCUACCCUGUCGAAGUCGCGUGAAUCUAACGUGGACAGCGGCGAUGACGAGAGCGCUUUUCGGAGGAGUCCCGGGGAAUGCAACAAGGACCAAGUGGCUGAUUGUUGCAACGGGUCACCGAACCGUUCUCGUUUCGAAACAAAUGCGGCGUCACAGGUUGAGGCAGGCGCUGCUGGUGGGGUCCCGGGCGACGCCCGGAUAUGGAUCAAAGUUCAGAAG